GAAAGAAAGAGAGAGAGUGAGUGAGUGAGAGACAUAGUCAAAUAGAGGGGGACAGAAAGAGAUAGAGGGCGGGAGAGAGUGUGUAUGUGAGAGGGUAAACAAGACAAAAAGAGAUAUCAUAAAGUGUCGUGGGGAUGAGAGACUUAGAGAUUAAUUAUUUCAAAACCAUGUUCAAAUUUCCUCCAAUUCUUUCUAAAACUUCUGUUUUUCUUUUUUUUCAGGUAAGCGGCCGUAUUCCACAUAGAAGUUUACGCGUUAACAACAUGAAAAACAGGGGGAUUUACAAAGUGCAAGUCCUCUGGCAGUCAGCGCCUGAGGUUCAGGUCAUGGCCGGCGUCCCGGUCGACCUCGUCCGACCUUUUCCUUACUCUCCAGAGGUAUAUGUGCGGGUAUCCAGACAACAACCACCGUUUUGUCGAGAUCAAAUUCAUGGUAUUUCUCCAGCAAGAGCACAAUGAGAUGGUCGAGAAACUGUCUCAGACAGCAGUAACCGCGCUGAGGGAAUCGGAGAAAACUA